AGUGGGAAAAUUUCCCAAGAAAUGGACUUUGCUUUCCUUAGCACUCUCAGUUGAAAACGACGUCGUUUUGCUGCUUGGGCCAAUCUGGACGAAUUGGAAUGAAGGGAAGCUGACCCUGGUAGUUGUCGUCCGUACAGUAGUAGUAGAAGAAGAAAAGUAGUAAGGUAACAGUUGAAGAAGAAGAACUGAAGAAGAAACACAAACAGAAAAACAAUAAUGGCGUACGUUAGCAUGGGCGAAGCGCACAGAAGAAUCACAGAGUACCUGAAUCGCUUCUACGAUGCCGUUUCGUACCAGGACGGAGCAUCUCUCAAGUUCCUCCUCUCUCUCUCCUCUAACUCCCCCUCCCUCCUAUCCCUCGCCGAUGCCCUAAACGUCUACCAGGACGCCAAUAGAUUGAUCAAGCAAUCCGACAAGUACUCUCAGCUUGGAGAAAUCCUCCUCCCUCUCUUUCGAGCUCUCCAGACCUAUCGACUCGCCAAUUUGAUCGAUGCCUACCAAUCGUUUGAAAAAGCUUCCAAUGCUUUCAUUCAGGAGUUUCGGAAUUGGGAUUCGGCUUGGGCUUUGGAGGCAUUGUAUGUUGUUGCUUAUGAAAUUAGGAUUCUUGCCGAGAAGGCUGAUAGAGAAUUGGGCUCAAAUGGAAAACCUCCAGAGAAAUUGAAGGCAGCUGGUUCUUUCCUUAUGAAAGUCUUUGGCGUUCUUGCUGGAAAAGGCACAAAACGUGUUGGAGCUCUAUACGUGACUUGUCAGCUCUUUAAGGUUUACUUCAAGCUUGGUACAGUUAACCUUUGCCGUAGUGUGAUAAGAAGUAUUGAAACUGCUCGCAUCUUUGAUUUUGAGGAGUUUCCUAAAAGAGAUAAGGUCACCUACAUGUACUAUACAGGUCGUCUGGAGGUUUUCAAUGAAAAUUUCCCUGCUGCUGAUCACAAAUUAUCAUAUGCCUUAAAGAAUUGCAACCCUUACAAUGAAGCGAAUAUAAGGAUGAUAUUGAAAUACCUCAUUCCAGUAAAGCUUUCAAUAGGCAUCUUACCGAAGGAUUGGCUUCUUGAGAAGUACAACUUGAUUGAGUAUAGGAAUGUAGUGCAAUCUCUAAAAAGGGGCGAUCUUCGACUUCUCCGACAAGCUCUGACAGAGCAUGAAGAUCGGUUCUUGAGAUCAGGUGUAUAUCUUGUUCUCGAGAAGCUAGAACUCCAAGUUUACCAAAGACUGUUAAAGAAAAUUUACAUACUCCAAAGGCAAAAAGACCCAAUUAAAGCACACCAACUGAAGUUGGAAAUAAUUGUAAAAGCAUUGAAGUGGCUUGAGAUAGAGAUGGACCUGGAUGAGGUUGAGUGCAUUGUGGCUAUACUGAUAUACAAGAAUCUUGUAAAAGGGUACUUCGCUCACAAGAGCAAAGUUGUGGUUUUAAGCAAGCAAGAUCCUUUCCCGAAACUAAAUGGGAAGCCUGUUAACUCAUAGUGUUAGUUAAACAAACACAGAACUAUAACUAUAGAAAUGCUACCAACUCCGGAUGGUCUAGAUUGAGUAGAAUAAGUGGCUUAGAAUCGCUCCAUAAGUUUGUGGCACUUUAAAGCUUCUACUCUAGUUGGUAGAUGUAGAACAACUCGCAUCACUCCAUUUUUGUGUGAUAAUGUCGAAGAGAUUGUUAACUUUGUGCUCUGUUUAAAAUCAGUGUCUACGUCAUUUGAAUUUU